ACCCAACAAGCCUCUUUCUUCUCUACGAGCAGCAGAGCAGGCUACGGCCUGAUCGCGAAAAAAAAAAGGAAAGCAGAGCAGAGCAGGGGCCGCCCGAGGCAGAAUAAUCCUAUCUCCUACCGAGCCGGAGCCCGGAGGCUCCUCCCAGUCCCGAGGAUGACGACGGCGUGGUGGUGGUUCGUCGCCAUGAACGCGGUCGUCGUGGCUAUCGCCGUGCUGUCCACCUCCUGCGCACGGCCACGACGCCACCGCUCCUCCGGGGUCACGCGGAGAGCCUCCUCGGCGUCGGCCGUGCUGCAGAGCCUCCUCUCAUUCUCCCUCUUCUCCUUCCCGUCGGCAUGCCUGUCGUCGUACCUCCAGCCCGACAUCGCCGCCGCAACCACUGACCAAGAAACAGAAGCAGAGGAGCUGGUGGCGUGGUCACCACCACCACCCAUCAAGCCGUCACCGUCACCGCGCGCGCUCCAGCUCACACCGCCGCCGCCGCCCGCGCCGGCUGCAGAUGACGAGGAGGAAGAGGAGGAGGACCCGAACGCGAUGAGCAUGGACGAGGCGUACGCGCUGGUCCUGGCGUCGCAGCAGCGGCCGGAGCGGGAGAGGGAGGAAGAGGCCAGGAGGUCGGAGGUGGACGCCAAGGCGGAGGAGUUCAUCCGCAGGUUCAAGGACCAACUGCGGCAGCAGCGGCUCGACUCCAUCUCCAACUACACGCACAUGCUCAAACAGCGUGCGCCCGCCGGCGGCGGCCAGAUGUUCUCCGGGCAGAUCGCUGCUGAUUAGCUCUGCCUCUGACUCGUGUGUUCAAUUCGUUUAGGUGUUUGUCAGCUUAUUGAGGGGAGCCAAUAAUUAUGUUUCGAUUUUGGUGUUUUUGUACAUAAUAAUGCUUAGCAUAUGCAUAGAGUAGAGUCUGCAGGUGUAUAGUAGUACGUACGUAGUAGCUAUAACAGAUCAUUUGUUAGUCUUCUUUUUCUUUGUAGAUAUACGUUUUUGCUUCGCGCAUACUUGAAUUUCAUUUGUUCAAUAUUUAA